UUUUCAUUAAAAUUCAACAAGAGGCAGGCUCCGUGAGAGGUUAGUUUAUUGGCGGGCAGGCGCAUGGACACACCACACUCACACACACACACACACACACACACACACACACACACACACACACGGAGACACACACACACGCACACCAAGACACACACACACACACACACACACACACACACACACACACACUUCACAGCUGGUGUGCCGUCCUCCAGCAGAGACUGACAGAAGCGGGGCGACCGCUCUAAGCUGUGAGCGCUCAUCUCUCCUCUCCUCCACCAGCGCGUCUUUCACUGUUGACAUAAAAACUUUGAAGAGGUGAGAGGCGAAACGUCAAGACGCCGACAAAUCACCGUCGACAGCGCGCAUCAACAAAGAAAAAAAAAAAAGAGGGGGGAAAGAAAAAGAGCCAUCAAGUCCGAGGAAAAGCGGUGGAGCCGGGAGAAAGAGGGAGCUAUGCCAUCUCCCGCCGAGCAGAGCCCAGUCCUCCUCUGUUGUGUGUCAGAGCUGCAGCAUGGUGUCUCUCUCUGGACUCUGGACCUACUGCCUCGCCCCCGGGAGACCUCAUCUCCUCUUCCUCACUGUCAGACCGCUCCUGCUGCUUCUCCUGUUAACCGUCACCUCCUCCCCGGAGUCCUGCUUCCCUCACCCCCAGCCUUGCCACAUCCUCGCCCGGAUAGGACACACCGUGCGCCUCGGUGCGCUCUUGCCGACCCGCCAGCCGGUACGGAUACAAAACGCGCUCAACCGCGCCCUGGCUAGCCUCCGGCACCAGAGCGGAGGGGUAGACACGACUACCUCCCAAACACCUCCCCUGCUGCCCUACAACCUGAGCCUGGAGAUGGUGGCUCGAUCGCCCGCAGGAGGGGACCCGGAGUCGUUGUCCCGUAGCGCCUGCCAGGACCUGGUGGUCAGGGGGGUGUCCGCCGUGCUCGCCUUCCCCCGCUCCAGGGAGGAGCUGAUCCAGGUGGAGUUCCUCUCCUCUUUUCUGGAGCUCCCCUUCAUCUCCAUCCUGGAGGACACAGAACCCCUUGUGACCAAGAACCGAUUCCACCUGCAGAUGUCAGCCCGAGUGCCUCCAUCAACCCUGGGCAGCCUGCUGCUGGCAGUCUUGCAGGGGGGAGAAGGGGACAGGGUCAGAGGAAGCCAGGGGGAAGAGAGCUGGGGAGGAGCAGCUGUGAUCUGCCCCGGGUGGGAGGAAGGGGGCGACGGGUUGCUGGCUCACCUGCAGAGGCACAGUGGUUCUACCUGGCAUUUGUGGGAUAUCAUCAACCUGACCCGCAUCACAGGGGGUGGGGAGAGAAGGGGGGAGGCCAGCGAGGAGAGGAGGGAGGAUCAGAUGGAAGAAGAGGCUUUGAAGAUCCUCUCCACUCGUUUCCUGCGCUCCCCCUCUCCUCUCUCCUCUGUUCUCCUCCUGGGCUCUGAUCCUGAGUGUCUCUCCUCUGUCCUGCGGGCCGCUCAGCGACUCGCUCCAUCACUACCAGCACUGCAGUGGAUCAUGGGAUAUCCCUUAUCUCCAGAUUCGCUACACACUCUAGGAGGUCCCCUCGGGCUGCUAGCCUACGGGGAGGUCGGCCGCAAGCCAAUCAGUUUCUACAUCCGGGAUGCUUUGCAGUUGAUUGGCCGAGCGGUCACUGCGGCGACCAUGGUGAGGCCGGACUUGGCGCUGAUCCAGAACAUGGUGAACUGUUACGACAAACCAAACCGCCAUGAGCUGCCCUCUUCAGGACAAUAUCUGGCCAGAUUUCUCUCCAACACUUCCUUCACUGGAGCCACAGGCCUGAUCCAGGUGGAUGCUGGCCUCUCUCGGGUCCUCUCCUCCCAGCUGUUCCAUGUGUGGAGUCUGAAGAGGGGUGCUCUGGGCCAGCCAGCCUGGGUUACCGUUGGCCAGUGGACCCGAGGCAGACUGAUGUUGGAGGGAGGGAUCCUGGGGCUGGUGGGAGGGUUUGGGAGCAGCCAAGGACAGGGUCUUGGGGCUGGGGUGAGGGGAGGGGACGGCCAGGGCGACAGCAACAUCGGAGGACGCUGGAGGCCGGGUCUUUCCGUCGAAGGACACCGCCUCCGUGUGGUAACACUGGUGGAGCACCCGUUUGUUUUCACACGGGAGGUGGAUGAAGACGGAUUGUGUCCAGCUGGUCAGCUUUGUCUGGACCCCAGAACCAACCGGUCCGACAUCAUCCAGAGCCUCUUCAACCAGCUGCACAACCCAAACACUACAGCUGCAGAUUGGGAGGGCAAUGACCUUCCAGAAGACCUCAGGAAGUGCUGCUAUGGGUACUGCGUUGACUUGUUGGAAAAACUUGCAGAAGACAUGGGCUUCACCUUUGACCUCUACAUCGUGGGAGACGGGAAGUACGGGGCGUCGAGCGGGACAGGACGCUGGACGGGGCUGGUCGGGGACCUGCUGAGCGGAACCGCUGACAUGGCUGUCACCUCAUUUUCCAUCAAUUCUGCCAGGAGCAGAGUCAUCGAUUUCACCUCGCCCUUCUACUCCACCAGCCUGGGCAUUCUGGUUCGUAGCCGGGACACUGCAGCUCCCAUCGGCGCCUUCAUGUGGCCUCUGCACUGGUCCAUGUGGGUGGGCAUCUUCGUCACGCUACAUCUGACUGCGCUCUUCCUGACCUUGUACGAGUGGAACAGCCCCUUCGGCAUGACACCCCAUGGCAGGAAUAGGCUACGUGUGUUCUCCUACUCCUCAGCCCUCAAUCUCUGCUACGCCAUACUGUUCGGACGCACUGUCGCCACCAAGACUCCUAAAUGCUGGACAGGGCGCUUCCUGAUGAACCUUUGGGCAAUCUUCUGCUUACUGGUGCUGUCCAGCUACACUGCCAACCUAGCUGCCGUCAUGGUUGGGGAGAAGACCUUCGAGCAGGUCUCCGGAAUCCAUGACGACAAGCUGCAUCACCCCUCCAUGGGCUUUCGUUUCGGCACUGUGAGGGAGAGCAGCGCUGAAGAUUACAUGAAGAAGAGUUUCCCAGAGAUGCACGACUACAUGAGACGCUUCAACCAGCCCACCACCCCAGAAGGCGUACACAUGUUAAAGACAGAUCCUCCUGACCUGGAUGCGUUCAUCAUGGACAAAGCCCUGCUGGACUUUGAGGUGUCUAUCGACGCAGACUGCAAACUGCUCACUGUGGGGAAACCAUUCGCCAUUGAAGGCUACGGUAUAGGCCUGCCGCAGGGCUCUCCUCUGACCCGCAAUGUGUCAGAGUUCGUGAGUCGCUACAAGUCUGACGGCUUCAUGGACAUGCUACAUGACAAAUGGUACAAGGUCGUGCCCUGUGGGAAGAGAGUCUUUGCAGUCACUGAGACUCUACAGAUGGGGAUCCAGCAUUUUUCAGGCCUGUUUGUGCUGCUGUGCAUGGGGGUGGGUGGAGCCUUGCUGACUUUGGCAGGGGAACACACCUUCUAUCACCUGGUGAUCCCUCGCCUCCGGCGCACACACACACUGCAGUAUUGGCUGCACACCAGCCAGAAAAUUCACCGAGCCCUCCACACCACAUACGAGGACGUAGGGAAGGAGCUGACCGGCCUCGACCAAAACCCCUCCUCUUGUAUCUCAGAGAACUGCACCCUACACAGGAAACAGCAUCAACCUCCUCCCCCAUCUCCUCCCACAUCCCUCCCUGCUUCCACUACUGCUGGAGACACCGACAACUCCUCACCAUCCCAUGAGCCUAAGGAGAAACGUGUGCACUUUGACCUUGAGACUCUCCACAGCUACCGCCUACGCACACACACUGCCUCAGUACGCGGCAGGCCCGGCAUGGUCGGCCGCCCUGGGCUCGGGCUAGGAGGAUUGGGGCUGGGAAACCUGGGGAGUUUUAGCUCCCCACCGCAGAUUAGCCUCCAUGCCAACGGGGGACCCGUCUCAGCACUGGCUCCCACAGGCCUGGUGCUCACUCCCCUGGGGAGCAGAGGCGCCCAGACCAGCCUGUGGGAAGGGGAGCUCCAGGAGCUGCAGGGGAAGAUUGAGAUUUUCCGCACCCAGCUGAGAGAGGCUCUGGCCAGGAGAGCAGAGAUUCAAAGCAGCCUGGAGCGAGAGAGGAGCGGACUUGUACGCAGAGAUACCAGUCUGGAGAGGGAGCGGGACAGACAGAGGAUACAAACUAUUAACACAGACAGAAGUAGCUCCACGCAGUCAAAACUCCCUGAGAGAGACAGGACCAGCCAACUGCAAACCCUGAAUAAUCAACAGACAGGGAGGGCUAACCAAUCAGGUGGGCCUGGGACUCUGGAGCAGGGGAGAAGCAGCCAAUUAAACACAGUGAACAGUUUGGACAGAGGGAGAGCAAAUCAGUUACGGUCUGUUAAUACUUUGACGGGAGAAAGGACUGUCCAAUCACGCACUUCCACCAGUUUGGAGCGGAGUCGAGUCAGCCAACCAGGCGCUGGAAACGUAACAGUCCAAUCACGGAACACAUCUAGCCUGGACAGGCAGAAGGCUAACCUAUCACGCACUUUGAACACUUUGGACAGGACAAAAGCCAACCAAUCAAGUGUAAGCGGUGGGACUUGAUUGUCUUUCUGAAGGCUCCGGUGUAUGAGACUGCAGAGGGACUAGUGCAGUUGGUGCUUGCGUAGCCGCGGGAAGAUGGCUUUGUUGGAAUGGGUUAAGUUUGGGGGUUGCUUGCCGAAAAAUGACAAUAUGUUAACUGACACCAUCACUUACUGUAACCUAAUCACUGAUAGAAUUAUUUCCAUAUUCGCUUAAAAUUACAACUAAAAACCUUUAACCGCAACUUACGAGCUGAUGUCUGCAUCAUCCAUGAAAUCAUAAAUAAGAUGUUUAAUUUCUUUAGGUGAAAAGCAAAAGUGAUUUCAGUAAUAACCCACUAUAUUUUCACAGGAACAGAUCAGACUAAUUGGAAAGAUGAUGUUAAAAUCAGUUUUUUAGUCACAGUCAGAAGCCUAUCAGCUGAAUAAAAAUAUGGCCUGCCCCUCUGGCUGAGGAGGCCGACAAGCACAUAGACAUCCUCGACAAGAGCACAGAAGAAUUAAAGUUAGACCAAUGUGGGGAAAAACAGAACUAUUGGAAAAUGCACUUGCAACAUCUGUGUUAACUGAGUGGCAGCAGCAGGAUAUAAAGAUGCAAAAAAAAAACUUAUAUUUUAAGUAAUAAUGUCCCAAAAAUGUGAAUGAUAAAAGAAAAUUGAAGAGUGACACAGUGAAAAAGAAAAACUAUCUAUUUAAUGAUCCCAUGAUAUUUAUAGAAAAAAAUCCUUUGAUCCUCAUGUGUUGUCCCAUUAUUGUUACCAAAAAAAGCAUUUUCCAUAUUUUUUAUCACCAAGUCCCACCCUAUUCUCUUCCUAAAAAAAUGUGUCAGGAUUGAAAAAAGGUGUCUUGCAAACUGAGCCAUUCCCAAAUAGACGCUUUGAGAUGGUAAUUUUCUUCUGUGAUUCGCCGGGUUCCACAUGAAAAAGGACGCUGAGGCAGCUCUUGACAGGACCUAUUUUGAAAAUUAAUGCUAGCGGGAAAACGUUUGGUUAUACCCAAAUACACAUCACGACAAGUAUUACUCAGCCUGUGUGAAAACAGUUUUAUAGUGUCCUUUGUGGCUCUGACAUAAACUUUAGGUCUAGGAAAAUAACCCCUGAUGGCAGCAGAAGGGUUUGGAGACUGCGCAACUUUAUAACAGAAAGUCUGCUUUAAAACUGAGGCUGUGAAGGUCAGGGAGUCUUAUAAAAUAAAAAUGCUACUGGGAAAUGUAGGAUCCAUCGUUUUUGGACUUUAACCCUCACUGGAGACUAAAGUCAAGAUUUCUUGGCAGCUGCUGCUUCAGGUUUGACCAUUUAAAAAAAAUAAAAUAAAAAAAAAAUACAAUUUGUCUCCCCAACUUUGUGGAAGUGCAGUACUAAAUCACAGCAGUAGCCGUUUCCUGUACAGGUGUUUUUGGGGAAAUGGCUAACCCAUCCCAUUACUUGUAAUAUUAAUUUUUAAUGUGUCCAUCACUUGCUGCAGCAGCAUGGGUGAUUUUUGUGUAUUUGUGUCAGUGGUUAAAAACCGUUUGCAUUUUCCAAAGUGCUGUAGUUGCCGUGGGUGGCGGCACUUCAAAGAGGACGGUGCUUCAUAUCUACUUCAGACUGUUAAUAUUAAUUUAAUGGUCCAACAUUGUGUUUAUAUGAAGUACAGAAGUAAAUUACAGUCUCAGAGACAUUUCAAUUAAAAGGAACCUUUAAUUAUCUGAUGAACACAAUUCACAAACAGCUCAUAACAAUUGUAUAUCUGCUUGGAUUACUGCCAGCUCUGGCCAACAAACAAGUGCCAUCAAUUUCGAAUGAGUUUGUUCACGUUCAUGACUGGAAUAGCUCAUCAUGAGUCUGGCAACACUUUUGCGCUCAGUGGCUGUAUUGUGCAUGAAUUCACACAAUAAGAAAGAUUACAGUUUAUUAGCUCCUUGCAGACCAGAGUCAGCUCCGUCAUGUGAAACCAUCAUGUUGUCUUUCCUGUAAUUAUUAAUUAUUAAGUAGAUGGACCCUUUUUUUUUUUCUUUUUGCGGUCUGCUCAAAACGUGACGUUUCAUGCUUCAUGUCAAUAAUUUGGAAUGAUGAAGGUGGGUUUCUUCAGAGGCUUGAUUGGGACGGUCAGUUAUUCAUUCAACCACCAGAGGGAGCUGCACCCCUGCUUCCCGCGGCUAUGGACACUGGCGUGUUUGUGGUUGGAGGUUUUGUUCCAGCAAAAAUCACAGAUAAAUACAUUUAAGCAAUUGACUUAUGACGAAGCAGUGACCGAUGGAAGCUGCGUAUUUUUCCUGCUGUUCUCACGCAGCUUCGGAGGACGUGGGGAAAUAAGGCCUUUAUGAAAUCACCCAAACACUAUACAAUGCAAUGUCACCUGAUGGUAUUGGAAUACUCAAUCUUGGCAGUGUCAACACUUUAAACAGGUGUUGGGGAUUUCACUGGCCCACGGGUCUUAGGCACAGACGCUGAAACAAAACUUGAGGCUUUUAUGAUGGUACUGAUGUACAUUUAAUCGUUUCAAACUUUGCUGUGGUGUGACGUGAUUGUGUUCACAUGCCAUGGUGUGAGGAAAAAAAAAAUAUUUUAGGUCUAUAUUGAGAAAGAGCUUGUGGUACUGGAUAUUUAAAGAAAUACUUUUAAAUUUACCCCUUAUAAAAAUUGUAUCAGCAUAUUCUUGAAUUUUAUCAUAAAUGAUCAUUCUCAUGUUUUGAAAUAAACAUUUAUAUACUUA